GUUUCGCACGCUCAUUAUCAGCAUCACCUGCCCCCCGCGAGAAAAGUCAAAUGCUCCUCCCCUCCUCCUCUGCCGUUGCUCCUCUUUCCGGGGAGCGCUCGUGAAGGGCUUUUCUCCGCUCCGGAGCUCCGGAGCUCCCGUCGUCGCAGUCUCGCUCCCUCGAAGAAGGAAGAGGAGGAGGAGAAGCAUGGGGAAUCGGUUCGUGUGCAUGACGAAGAAGGACGCCAGUGAGGGCGGGAAUGUGUCUCGGAGCAAGCGGAUGGCCACCGGUCGGUCCCAGAGGAAGCUGGUGGUGGAGGAGGAGCUCCUCCAUCGCCAGGCUCUCUCCAUGGCCCUGCAUCAGUCUCAGAGGUUUGACGGAUCCAUGUCCCGCCGCAUCAACGGCAACACCAGCUCCCGCAGACGCCCCCUCUCCGAUCAAUCCCCCAAUGGGAAGCCGGUAGCAGACUUUCUGGAAGGAGUAAAAUGGAAGAAAUUUGUCCUGAUACAUGGAGAAGGGUUUGGAGCUUGGUGCUGGUACAAGACGAUAGUUCUUUUAGAGGAAGUGGGACUCAUCCCUACAGCCAUCGAUCUCACAGGAUCUGGUAUCGAUGCAACUGAUACUAAUAGUGUCUGCACGCUGGCAGAAUAUUCGAAACCACUGAGUGACUAUCUGCAGAACCUUCCAGAGGAUGAAAAGGUAAUAUUGGUUGGUCACAGCAUUGGUGGUGCAUGUGUUUCUUAUGCUUUGGAGCAAUUCCCAGAAAAGAUUUCUAAAGCCAUUUAUAUUUGUGGUACAAUGGUGGCUAAUGGUCAGAGACCUUUUGAUGUAUUUGCUGAAGAGCUUGGUUCUGCAGAAAUCUUUAUGCAAGAAUCGAAGUACUUAAUACAUGGGAACGGAAAGGACAAGACUCCUACAGGAUUUCAGUUUGAGAAAAAUCAAAUGAAGGGUUUAUACUUUAAUCAAUCCCCUGCUAAGGAUGUUGCGUUGGCCAUGGUUUCGAUGAGACCUAUUCCGCUUGGGCCUAUAAUGCAAGAAUUAUCAUUGUCCCCCGAAAAGUAUGGGCGUUGCCAUCGGUUUUAUGUCCAGACGCUGGAUGAUCGUGCCCUUUCUCCGGAUGUGCAAGAGAAGCUGGUGCGAGAAAACCCUCCAGAAGGCGUCUUCAAGAUCAAGGGCAGCGAUCACUGCCCCUUCUUCUCAAAGCCUCAGUCGCUGCACAAAAUUUUGGUGGAAAUUGCCCAAAUUCCGUAACUAGAACUAUGUGGUGCCUUACUUUUCUAGUCUUUAUCCUAGAUGGUUGGAGCCAUCCGGUCAUUUAAUUCUAAUUCAUCCAAGGCCAUCGAGGUACAUAUACAGAGGGGCUGAGUUCUAUUGUACCGCGUUUCUUUCCCUGUAGCGGCGAAUGAAUGUUAAAGCUUCGAGCGGACAUCGUGUAGGCUGUUUAGUGUGACGAAUCUAGCCGGCAUUUAUACUAUGUAAAUGUGCAUAAUCAAUUUGAUUAAUUUAGCUCUAAGGUUCGCUUC